AUGGUUCGAGGCCACUCCCCCGCGUGUAACGACAGAUCCGGGAACGAAGACGACGACACCCGGCGGCAGAAAAUAUCCAGUAACGAAGCUGACCAGAAGAGCCCUCGCGAGAAGCCCCGGCCAAACCCCUCCGUAUUCCCCAGAUACCGUGGGACUAAACCGAUCCCCGCCGCCCUUAAGGCGCUUUUUGGUGGGCUCAAAGACACCGAUAUCGAUAUAGAAGUCUGUUGCACUGGCGAUGCAGACGUCCCGCGGUGGGCAGUCGUCUGCAAAACCUGCGAGACAAAGGUGCGCUUCACUCUUCCCCGCGCAACUCACUCCGCCUCGUUGACGGCUCCCCGCAAGCCCAUCGCAGUAACUGAGAAGAGUAUCCACAACCUCUCCUCCCAUCUCAACGGCCAAUCUCACCAAAAGGCUGUCGCUGCGCACCGACGAGGGGUGGCCUCGCUCCGCAGCCGCGAGCGCGAUUCAGGCGUCUCGAGCGCCAGUGCUUCCGCGCGUCUCAUGUCCACUGCGAGGCCGCCAGCCCGCCGGAACACACGCUCGCCAGUGGCGCAGUCCUCCUCAUUGCAGUCGGCGGUCGUCCGCGAUGCGGAUGACGAUACCCGCAGGCGUGGGCGGACGGCGCCAGGAAAUGGGGGCGAUGAUGGGGACGUCCCUCGCGCGCGCGCGCGACGCUCGAGCCGGUCAGCAUCGCCGGACGUGCGGACGCGCCGUAGGGCUGGAGAAGAACCCGACGCUGUGGCGCGGUUCUGCAGCGCGGUCGGACUGUCGUACGAGCAGGAGAAGGUACUCAGAACGCUGGGCGUCACAAGCGAGUCGUGGGUACGGAAGCUUCAGACGCUUAAGGGAGACGAGAAAGACAUGUUUAUCCAGAUGAUGAUCAUGGCAGGAUUCAAGCCUCUUCACGCUCUUAAUGUGUUUUCCGAAUACAGUAGUUAG